CCCAAGUAGAAUUGUGGUUUUGUCUGACCAGCCAAUGUCAGAACAUUUAUUGUUAGGACCAAGAAUGGUUUGCAUAACUAAAAUAUUAUGUUGUUGUUGGGGAUUCACUGGAUGGAUAUGUGACUGGGUGCGAAGAUCGAGGCGCGUCCUUCAACUAUGUAAAUUUACUCAUGAUCAUAUGUUUACUUCCUGGAAAAAAUACUUCCUUAUCAGGCUUAUGGGGCUUAUCAGUUUUGUGGCAUGUGAAACUGAAACUGAAAGAAGAAAAAAGUAAUCUUUCAAAGACACAAAGACAAGGAUGACUAAAUAACUGCAUGUGGCUACAAGAUGGAAGUUGACAAUGACGAUGUCGAUCAUCCGUUUAUUGGAAGGGCAUAUUUCCUAAAUUCAUUACGCGAUGCUUGGAGGAAAUACCGAGUGUUUGGAAUCUUUGGUCAGAAGUCUGUUGGCAAGUCGAGGACGGUGAAUGAAUUCUUGAAGAGACUUCAGUCUGAUGUUGGAGAUGGAGAUGGAGAUGUUGGCAGUCUGAUGAUCAGCUCUGUUGACCUGCAGGGUGUCACGUCCAUGGAGACUCUUCGCUUGAAGAUUUUACUUCUGCUAGGUUUCAUCAAUGAGGUCAGGAAUGAUGCCGAUGACUGGGUCUUACAGAUGUGUAACAAAAUUAACACUGACAUUACUCAUGCCUACAUACUGUCAUUUGACAAUGCUGAAGAUUGCUUGAACCACACAACAAUGAAGAGUGAAUUUGUAGCAACUUGCAGUAUGAUUAUAAAGAAUUGUCAAAAUACUAGAAUAAUUUUUUCAUCAACAACCAAAAUUGCCCAUGGCUUUCCUUUUUUCUUCUGGCAAGAGUUACCUCCCAUGAACAUUACAGAUGGGUCAAAGCUUGUCAAGUCCAUUGCACCUGAUGCUGAUUUUGGAGAAUAUCUUGAAAAAAUUGUUGAACUGUGUUGUGGACUUCCAUUAGUAUUAACUAUUGCAGGAUGUGAGCUGGGCCAGCCAGAAGGAAUAUCGUUCACUCCAGCAGAGAUGGUUGACAUCCUCAGUCAGUGUAGACUUAGAGCACUCAGUUCAGAAAGCUAUGCUUCAGAGGAACAAGUUGGAUCUGUUUACAGGAAGUUUAUUGAACGGCUAACGAGUGAAUUCCAGCAGAGACUUGCAGUGUUGGGAUACAUUCCAGGAUCCUUCACAGACGUGGAGGCCAGUCAACUACUGGCUCAUCAUACUACUAAUGAAACCCGCAAGGAGACAUUAAGACCCCUGCUGAGACGUUACAUGAUAGAGUUUCAACCUAAAACCAGGAGAUACAACAUCCAUGGUAUUCUACAAGACUGCCUUGAAGUUUAUUUCAACAUUGAGAACCUUGCUGAAGUACGAAAGCGUUACUGCAUUACGUUCAGUCGGAUUCUUCGUGAACUGAGUAGCCACAGUGAGACAGCGGAAUACAUGAAGGCAUAUGCUGUGUUCAUCCAGGAAUAUCCCAACCUCCAGAAACUUCUGACCGAUGUGAUGCACUCAACAGAGGAGAUGUUUCCAUUCUACAUCGAAAUGGCGGCCACCUCCUCUAAUCUCAUCAUCGAGUUCUUUGGCAAUGAAAGCAUCCUGUUUUUCACCAAAUGUUUUGAGCUAGCACAGUUGUAUGGGAAGCAGAAAGACCGGGCUCUGGCGAUGACACACUAUGGUCGAACUCUGACCAAUGUCAAGUCUGAUUUUGUGGGAGGAAGAAAAAUGUUAACAGAGGCAGUAAACAUCCUGGAGUUGUCUCCCCCUACAGAGUCUCUGGCAACUGUUCUGCUUAGUUUGGGUUGGACAGUUUAUCUCCAGGGCGACAUUCCACAAGCUAUUAAGCAUUUCAGCAGAGGACUCGAGGUUGUAAAGGAAGCAGAAUGUGGAGACAGUCUUGUCCUUUAUAGACAUCUCAACUGUCUUGGUAUUUCUCACAACUUAGAGGGAAAUCUGCAAAUAGCUGAGGAAUAUAUGUUUGCAGCAUUGAAAGGAUAUAUAAGGAAGCUUGGUCAUGACCAUCCCUUACUAGGAUCGAUAAACAACAACAUUGGAUUGAUAAUGGCAAGCAAACGUGACUCUGAGAGGGCAAGGGAAUAUUUUGAACGAGGACUAGAAAUAAAGCAGAAAACCAAUGCACCACUAAAAGCAAUCAUUGCUUCACAAAACACAGUUGCAGACACAUACAUCCAACUAGGGAAUCAUCAGGAAGCAAAGAUUAUGUUGGAAGCAGCUUUAGCAUCACUAGACUUUGCACCAGAACUAUACAGUCAUGAAAGAGGGCUUACUCUUGACACUUUGGGUAAGGUAUACUUGAACCAAAAAAAUUAUGAAGAUGCUAUAGUUUCAUUCCAAAAGGCAGUGAACAUUAGAAAGAUAACUAAUAAAGGAUGCAUUUUACACGUUGAAAGCCUCAUCAACUUAGGAUGUGCUUAUAAAGGUGCUGGUGCACAAACGGAAGCUUUGAAAUUAUUUGAGGAAGCAGUUACCUUUGAGUCCAAAGUUUACAAGUUCAAAACUGAUGGUCUCAGAAUGUAUACGUGUUACAGAGAGAUGAUAGACAUUUUUACCAACUUGGGUGAUGUCCAGAAAGUCAGAGAAGCUUAUGGAAAGGCUUCUGUACAGCUUACAGCUAUGAUAGAUUUGUACCAAGCCAACGACCUUCCACAGCCGGUCAAGAUGUGUCAAAAACAUCUUGCUCAGCUCAAAGAAAGUGAACAAGCCAAUGUUUUGUUGCACAAUCUGAAUGACCCAGCAUCUCCUGCGAGAUUGCAGUCAAGUCCAUGUGAUGACAUUUGGUUACUGCUCUGUCAUUAACUCAUUGACCACCCAGAUAGUUACAGUCCUUGUGUCUUUAAUAGAUAAUGCAAACUUCAUUUUAUUUCCUAAUGUAUAUAUACCCUGUAUAUAUCUUUUACAAAAUCGUCAGGAUGACCAGAAACAUACUGAAUAUACGGACACUGAUAAAUCUAAACAGGAACGUUUUAGUCCUUAAGGGACUAUUAGUCAGGAAGGAAGGAAGGAAUUGGUUUAUUUAACGAUGCACUCAACACAUUUUAUUUACGGUUAUAUUGCGUCGGACAUAUGGUUAAGGACCACACAGAUAUUGAGGGAGGAAACCCGCUGU